GGCUCUUCCCACUUUAUUCACAGAGUUGGCACAGCCCGUGUUAGCACAUUACGGAAACAUUCGGUCUCGCUGUGUAUAAUUCAUGGACUGAAGGGAAUGAUUUGACAAGAACAUUCGGUUAACCUUAAUCGUUCUGGUUCGCCGGCAGUGGAUUAUUAGAAGUGGACUUUUAUAUUAGGCACGUGAUUUAUGAUUUUGCUAUAUUAAACAUUAAAAUAAUUUGAAAUUUAUUUAAAUUUAACAAGUUAACUGGAUUUGAAGAAUUUAAUAUUAAAUUUGCAACGUUGUGCAAAGAAACAAAAAAAGAAUAUUUUAUCGUUAAGCCUAAUACAUUUACGAACUGAAAACGAAAAACUUUUUUCGAUUGCCGUGUACAAUGACUUAUAUGAUUCUUUUUCAAACGAUCUAGAUCUUGUGAAAUUGACGAUUUAAAUUUUUUUGCAUCAAUAAGCCAAACUUGCUGGGAAAUUUUUAUUCAAAGUAAGCAUUGGUAAAUCAAACUGAAAUGAAAAUGAUCUCAAAUUUAAUCAGAGAUCAAAUAACAUUGACUUAGAACUAUUUAUAAAAUUGAAACGGUAUUAUGUAUCCAAAUUUACUGGCUCAAACAUCGGUUUAUUCACCUCUCCUACGUUGUCCAAUGCCUGCAGGGGGUCUGAUGUCCAGCCCGCUGUCCCCAGCAUCCAGUCCUCCAGUUAGUAGCUCUUUUCUUGUGGACAAUAUACUCAGAGACAGAGCAGCUGUUGCUGCUGCUGUUGCUAGUGGUAGUCCUUUUCUUGCAAGACCUAUUGCAGUGUCUGCAUGUCCUGAACAGGUCGGAGGUUGUACGGCGUGUACCACGUGCUCGGGGUGCUCCCCCACGGGAGCAAACAAGACUGUAAGUGGUAGGUGUCAGAACGGUGGAUCUCCGGGUGCGAGUCCGGGAACACCCUACCUCAAAUUUGGUGUGAGCGCAAUUCUAGCGGCUGAAUCGAAGGAAAAACUGACGGCAAAAAAUGUGAUUUCUGUUUCUGGUAAGUACUUUUUGAUGACUCAUAGAAAUUUUUCAAAAAAAAGUCUUGUUUAA